AUUGGGAAAAUAUGUAAAUUUCUCUACUCUAUGGGUAGCAAUUGCAAAAAGCCCAAACUAAAAUCCUAAACCCUAAUUCUCCAAUCACCUCCCUAUAAAUUUCCUAAACCCUACUCUCUCCUUUAAGCCUUCAAUUCUUCCUCUGCAUCCAAAGGUUUAGAAGUAACAAUGGCGAAAAAUCCGAAGGUUUUCUUUGACAUAUUGAUUGGCCAGGCUAAAGCUGGAAGAGUUGUGAUGGAACUCUUUAAAGACAAGGCUCCUAAAACUGCUGAAAACUUUCGAGCUCUCUGUACUGGGGAAAAAGGGGUUGGGCAGUUGGGGAAGCCAUUACAUUACAAGGGCUCGGGGUUUCAUCGUAUCAUUCCUCAAUUCAUGUGCCAAGGUGGAGAUUUCACCAGAGGAAAUGGGACUGGCGGAGAAUCUAUAUAUGGUGCAAAAUUUGCUGAUGAGAAUUUCAAUGUGAAGCAUACUACACCCGGCCUUCUUUCAAUGGCAAAUUCUGGACCAAACACCAAUGGAUCUCAGUUCUUUAUCACCACAGUACCAACACCUUGGCUUGAUGGUAAACACGUCGUAUUUGGGAAGGUUGUAGAUGGCUAUAGUGUUGUCCAGGAAAUGGAAAAGGUUGGUUCAGAUGGUGGGAAAACAUCUUGCCCCGUCUUAAUUGAAGAUUGUGGGGAGAUCAAGGGGAACUAGUAUAGGCAUGCAUUUUUUGGGACAAGCUGCUAGCAUUUGUAAAGGAUUGCUAAGUUAUGUAGUUCUAUUAAAUAACUGGUGACAUUGUAAUAUGCUUCUUACCUCUUUUUGAUGCCUCGUUUUUACACUUGGGAUGAUAAUCUUGAUUAGGUUGAAUCGUAAGUUUAGAAAGUUUAUUUCAA